AUGGUAGCCAGCUAGGCGAAGGGGAGUGAGGACCAUCCACCUGCCUUGGAGAAGACGCCAUCUGACCCGCCGGCUGGCCGAGUGAGCCCCCAGGUACACAUUGGUGGUCCUGUGAGCUGGACCGUGGACCCGAUUCACAUCAGCAUGGCCAGCACGCCCCUGGUGAAGCACACCGCUGGCCCUGGCCUCAAGGCCAGCAGACCCCGAGUCAUGUCCAAGAGCGGGCACAGCAACGUGAGAAUCGACAAAGUGGAUGGCAUAUACUUGCUCUACCUCCAAGACUUGUGGACCACCGUCAUCGACAUGAAGUGGAGAUACAAGCUUACCCUGUUUGCUGCCACAUUCGUGAUGACCUGGUUCCUGUUCGGGGUGAUCUACUAUGCCAUCGCCUUUAUCCAUGGGGACCUGGAGCCCAGUGAGCCCCCUUCCAAUCACACCCCAUGCAUCAUGAGAGUGGACUCCCUCACCGGGGCAUUCCUGUUUUCCCUGGAAUCCCAGACAACCAUCGGCUAUGGAGUCCGUUCCAUUACCGAGGAAUGCCCUCAUGCCAUCUUCCUCUUGGUGGCCCAGCUGGUCAUCACCACCUUGAUUGAGAUCUUCAUCACGGGCACCUUUCUGGCCAAAAUUGCCAGACCCAAAAAACGGGCAGAAACCAUCAAGUUCAGCCACUGUGCCGUCAUCACCAAGCAGAACGGGAAGCUGUGCUUGGUGAUCCAGGUGGCCAACAUGAGGAAGAGUCUCCUGAUCCAGUGCCAGCUCUCGGGGAAGCUCCUCCAGACCCAUGUCACCAAGGAGGGCGAGCAGAUCCUCCUGAACCAGGCCACCGUCAAGUUCCAUGUGGACUCCUCUUCCGAGAGCCCCUUCCUCAUCCUGCCCAUGACGUUCUACCACGUGCUGGACGAGACAAGCCCCCUGCGGGAUCUCACCCCCCAGAACCUGAAGGAGAAGGAGUUUGAGCUGGUGGUCCUCCUCAAUGCCACCGUGGAGUCCACCAGCGCCGUGUGCCAGAGCCGCACAUCUUACAUCCCGGAGGAGAUCUACUGGGGCUUCGAGUUUGUGCCUGUCGUCUCUCUCUCAAAAACCGGCAAGUACGUAGCUGACUUCAGUCAGUUUGAACAGAUCCGGAAAAGCCCAGAUUGUACCUUUUACUGCGCAGAUUCCGAGAAGCAGAAACUUGAAGAGAAAUACAGGCAGGAGGAUCAGAGGGAAAGAGAGCUGAGAACGCUUUUGCUGCAGCAGAGCAAUGUCUGA